AUGUUGCACAAUCCCAUCAAGAUACAGCAAAAUACAGAAGCUCAUGAGUCAAUGGUAGAGUCACCUAAUGAUCUUUGGGAGAGAGAAAUUGUAGCAGUGCCUACAGGCAAAUUUUGGCAAGAUUUUUUAACAGCUUCUUCAGAAAACUUGCGACAACUCCACCGACCACGACACACAUCACAAUAUUACGUCCGAAACAACUUGCAAGCGUUAACUAACACCAUGAAGCCUUUUCAGUUCCCAGGAGCACACACUAUGCAACAAUCGCAAGCAGGACAAAGAGAUAGACCUUUACGUCUGAAAUAG